AUGGAUGCCAAUUUAGAUUUGAAAGAUUCUCGCGUGCCUACCUUCAUCCCUUUUAAGCAAGAAAAGGCAGACAAGCCAGUGACAAAACCCGCCACCAAAAGAAAGAGAACUGCAAAGAAUGACACUGCCGCCAAACCUCAAAAGAAAAAGGCACUCAAGUCAGUUAAAAAAGCAAAGCAGGUUUUCAAAGAAGAGUCUGUUCAAGAGGAAAAUAUCAAGCCAAAGGAACCUGAGGCUCGCCAUGUGUGGAUUGGUGCAGUAACAAACGAAGAGAAGGGUGCGUUUUCCAUCUACCACGGCGAAAACGAUAAGCGCAAUUACACUGAGGUUUAUGAAAAGAAGGACCAACUGGAAGAUUUAGAAUAUGCCUACGUUUUGGGUGCUCUCAAGGCUGUGAAAUCAGCAAAAUCCGAUAGCACACCUCUGAUUGUCAACACUACUUGCAGAGAUUUACCAAGAGCUAUUGAUGGCAAGGCAAAGGCCUUCCAUUACGAAUGCAUGGCCAAUGAAAUCCGUGAUCUGAUCACUGAUAGAGAGGAACCUUUAUCUGUGCGUCAUAUUUCAGGAAGACAUGCCGCAGAUGAACAAAAAGCAGCUUUGGCACUGGCAUUGGAAGCUUUGAAGGCUAGUGAAGCAGAGAAACAAGUCAUUGAAAACUUGACAGUGGGGGAAUUGACUCAUGUCGUUGUUGAAGAGGUGUCUGGGGAAUCAGAGCAAGUCGUCAAGGAGAAGGAAGACGAAGCUGUUGUGUCCUCAACAUCCAACGACGAGCAACUAAAUCGCAUUGUAGAAGAUGCCAUUGACGCUGCUGCCCAAGUCAAUGCUGAGACAAUUCAAGAAGCUGUAGAAUCCGCAAUUGCUCCCUCCACACCAGCAGCCAACAAAGAUGUCAUUGUGGAAACACAAGUAGAGACCACCGUUGAAACGACAGUUGAGGUAAACGUCAUUGAGACUCAAGUGGAACUAUCAACCGCUGAGCCCAUGGAGCUGGUAGAAGAGGAAGAGCAAGAGCAAGCUCCAGAAGCACCAAAGUCAUCCUGGGUUACUGUGUUGGGUCUUCAAAGCAUCAUCAACGUUUUGAGUUCACCUUUCAAAGCUCGUAGAAACUAA